CUCUUAAUCAGACUUCGAAUCACCAGUGAAAAAAUUGGUGCUGAAUUGGAAACAAUACCCAGUACGGUUCGGUCAGAAAACAUAGGACAGGCUCAGGUCGUCUAUAACAGACUGCAAGCUGCAGUGAAUAGGCUCAACGCUAAUUUAUCAGAAUACUUUCGUUUAGCUACAACUCCUGCAUCAGAUGAAAUUUUCUUGAUUAGUGGCCAGCAGCUUUUAGCAGAAGAGACUUUAGCAGAACUCAAGGCGAAGAUCGACCAAGUCACCGUAUCCCGUGAGACCCAGGAAAAGCCGCCUGAAGUGAAUUCCUCUUGUCGACUACCGAAACUCCAACUACAGGUUUAUAACGGGGAUGUGCUUUCCUGGUGCGAAUUUUGGGAUAGUUUUAGCAGCAAUAUCGACUCAAGAAACUUACCUGAUGUAGACAAGCUGUCUUAUCUUAAAACUUCAGUGACGGGUGAUGCUAAGAAAGCUAUUGAUGGCCUGCCUACCACUAACGGAAACUAUAAGAUAGCGGUCACUCUACUAAAGGAACGUUUUGGCAAGAAAGCUCAUCUGAUUGAUGCCCACUAUGCUACAUUAUACAAAAUCGAAGCGGCAAAAAGCAGCGCAGAAGAUUGUAGAAGAACUUUCAACGAGGUGGAGCGCAAUCUUAAAAUCCUAGAGUCUCUUGGCGAAAACACCAACCACAACCAUCUUCGUUUCAUGAUUUUGGAGAAAUUUCCUUCGGAUUUAAUAUACGAAAUAAAGUUGAAAAUUCAGAAUGAGUCCACACAAGAACUCCGGGAACAAUUGAAUAAAAUUAUCACUGCAAAGGAAGAUGCAGAGAGAAUUGCUGGAAGGAAACGAUCACAUGAGGUAGAUGACAGCACUGUCGGUACCCUGCAUGUGAACGCAAAGCGUGCGAAGAGAAUGCAUCAUUUCCAACAGGGAAAUAAUACCUCAAAUACUCAACAUUAUCAAGGAAGUACUAAUAGAAAAGGACUAAAUAGAAAAGGAAAAUUUCAAAGGGCCAAUGAACCCAAAAAAGGAAGCAAACCGAGCGUAUCUAAUGUUGCAACAUCUGCUAACAGAUCUGCAACUGUUAACCCAAAGGAAAAAGGGAAAAUCUUAGGUUGUAUAUUCUGCAAAGGCAAACACCGCAAUUAUACGUGCCAGGACGCUUCUACUUUAGAGGAAAGAAAGAAGCGGUUGACCGGAAGAUGCUUUAUAUGCUUUAGGAAGAAUCAUCUUGUAAAGGACUGUAAGGAAAACUGGACUUGUAGACUUUGCCCAGGAAAGGAAAGGCACAACAUGGCCUUAUGCCCUUCAAAUUUUCCAAAGGAUCCCAAAACAAAGAAACAGUCUUGACUAUUUCAGAAAGAGGAAUCACCACUCUACAGACAGCUGUUGUUUAUGCUAACCCCUUAGGUGAUAAGAAUAAUGUAUUGUGUAAAUACCGUUUAAUUUUAGACCCAGGGUCUCAACGUUCUUAUGUCACAUUUCAAGCGGCCAAGGAGUUGAAGCUUCCAGUCGAAGAAGAAAGUCUCUUGACAAUUUUCACCUUCGGUGAAGAUCCUCCGAAGGAAAUACAUAGUCCUAUAGUGAUUCUACAGUUAGUAACUAGAACAAAUAAGAAGAUAGUUAUACAAGCUAACUGUGUCCAACGCAUUUCAAGAGGAUUCAUCCCAAAUGUCAAGUUACGGGGCGUACCCGAGUCUUAUGUACUGGCGGAUGAUGGUUCUGUAAGCGGACAGGUGCAGAUUCUAAUCGGAAACGACUACUACUUUAACAUUAUUUAUGAAACUAAGAUACAACUAGAUAGUAACUUGUUUCUAGUGGAUUCUGCCCUUGGAUGGAUAGUCAGUGGCAAGACGGAACCACAGCUUGAAGAGGAAUCAUAUGUAGUGACUUAUGCUCAAACUUGCAUUGAAACGAAGCUUCAUCAACCAGAUUCACCUCUUUGUGAUGGAGACAUUAAAAACCUUUGGGAAUUGGAAUGUAUAGGAAUUUGUGAUUCACCUAAAGCAACAAGAAAAGAAGAAGCUAUUAAAAAUUUUAAUGAAACUACAGUAAAAAUUAACAAUAGAUACACGGUAAGCUGGCCAUGGAUAACUUAUCCGCCUGACUUACCUAAUAACUUUGGAAUCGCCUUUGGGCGUCUGUCAAGUUUACUGAAGCGCAUGGACCAAGAAACCUUAAUGUCAUACGACGAUACAUUUAAACAACAAUUAGCUAAGGGUAUAAUAGAAGUCGUACCCACAUCAGGAACGUCAACUGGUAACGCUAUUCACUACCUACCCUUCCAUGGAGUACGUCAUCGAGGAAAACCUAUGCGAAUCGUGUAUGAUGCUAGUUCCAAGAGUAACAAGAACACCAAGAGUCUGAACGAGUGCUUAUACAGAGGACCACUCAUGCUUGAAGACCUUACAGGGUUACUCAUCAAAUUCAGGACACAUCACAUAGGAUUGACGUCCGACAUAGAAAAGGCGUUUUUACAGAUGGCAUUACACGAGAAGGAUCGUGACGUUACCAGAUUCUUAUGGCUUAAAGAUACCUCUAAACCAGUAUCUCAGGAUAACCUACUUUACCUAAGAUUCUGCAGAGUUCCAUUCGGCGUGAUAUCUUCACCGUUUCUACUGAAUGCGACUAUUAAAGAACAUUUAAAUAAUGCAGAAGAUCAGCAUGUCAGGCAGAAAGCGAAUGACAUAUACGUAGACAACUUUGUUUCAGGCUGUAGUACUACAGCUGAAGCAAUAGAGCUUUACAAAAGUUUAAAAGGAUCUUUUCAAGAUAUUUCAAUGUCACUCAGGGAUUGGAGUUCUAACUCCGAAGAAUUCAUGAAGAUGGUCCCUGAUACAUGUAAAGAAAACAAGAUAAAAGUACUUGGCUUAGAGUGGGACAUAAAAAAGGACACCCUCCAGCUGAAGCCCAACCUCCAAGAGGAAGCAGUCACAAAAAGAGGAAUACUGAAGACUAUCGCAUCAAUUUAUGACCCGUGCGGUUACGCGGCACCUCAUACAUUAUCAGCUAAACUUUUUCUGCAAGUACUUUGGAAGGCCGGAGUAUCUUGGGACUCACCAUUAUCAAGCGAGCUAACAGAAGAGUGGAACAUCAUCCGACAGAACCUAGAAGUCAUAGGAAAGGUAUCGGUGGAUAGAUGUUACAUGAAGACACCAACGGAAGCGAAUUACCAACUGCACUGCUUCACAGAUGCUUCACUACAAGCCUACGCAGCAUCGGUGUUUCUAGUCUGUGGCUCGAAGAAAAUCUUUAUCAUGGGUAAAUCCCGUCUGAUACCAACCAAGGAUCAAGAUAACCUCAAGAUACCCCGUCUAGAACUUCUGGGAGUACUGAUAGGCUGUAGACUGAUGAAGUUCGUCCUUAAGUUUCUGCAACAGAAAAUAGUAAGACAAGUCUUAUGGACCGAUAGUCAGAUUGUCAUCGAAUGGUGUAAGUCUAACAAACUACUUCCUCCCUUCGUUGCCAGACGAGUAGAAGAAAUCAAGACAAACAAAGACCUGGAGAUAAGAUAUCUACCAUCAAGCUUGAACCCAGCAGAUGUAGGCACAAGACCCCUUCGUGCAGAGGAGGAUAAGGAGAAAUGGCUGAAUGGUCCGCAGUUUAUAACAGAAGAUCCACAGAAAUGGCCAACCACAUCCGGCAGUGAGCCAACCAGUUCUCUUCUGACAGGGGAGGGUCUUGGGUUCCAAGAAGACAUAGAGAUGGUCGAUAAAGAAGAUCCAGUUGUUAAUGUCAACCCGAUGAAAACGGAGGAAAUUAUAACACCAAAUGAAGUGAUAGGAAAUAAUCAGUCAACAGACGACAAGCUUCAUAAAUUAAAAGAAAUUCAAGCUAAAUAUUUUCCUCUAGAGGUAGAAGGAAAAGAAACCAAUCUAAGUCGAAACUUAGGAGUAUUCAAGGACAUUGAUGACCUAUUGAGAUGCAAAGGUCGUAUGAAAAACGCAAACUGGUCGUUCGACAAACGAUACCCUAUACUCAUACCAAAAGAGUCAGAUUUCACGAAGAAUAGGAUCAAUUGGAAAGUUGGGAAAAUAGUAUCUUUAAAGGAAGGCGCCGAUGGUUUAUGUAGAGUAGCCACGGUCCAAGUAGAAGAUACAAUAUAUACAAGAUCUAUCGCGCAUCUCUACCCGUUAGAGAUCGAAGAUGGAGAGGAACAGUGUAAACAAACGUCACAUGAAGAAAGCGUAGAAGAAUCUGUACAGGUUCCUGACGUCCCACAUCCAACAAGAAGGGACGACGUGAUGAAAGAAUCCACUAACGACGUUCUUAAGACUUCUGAGCAGAAAUCUUAUCAAUUAACAGAAUUAAACGAGUCAGAAGAAAUACCGUCUGAUUCAGUCUUAUUAGAGCCUGCAUCUAGUCAGUUACACGAGCCUGAGCCUAAGUCCAUACCCGAACCAGACCCACUCGCAGUCAAAGACAUGACGUUCUGCGAGAACACUGAUCCUGAAACGCACCACCUAGAGAACAUCGCGUCGGCUGAACAUCACGACGAGUCCAGACCUAAGAGAGCAGCGGCGCUUCGUGCUCUUGAGAAGAUUAAGGAGUGGACCAGCAACUUAGUCGCAGUUUUGCUGCCUGUAGUGGGGAGUGUCGCGACCAACGCGAAACUAUAGAGCCCCAAGAAUAUUCCCCUGCGGCAACACUGGCGGCGCCCUCUGGGUGGAGCCAUAAUCACGGAGUGACAAUCAGCCGCCGUAACAUAAAAGCAAGCGAAGCAGAUCAGAGGCUCACCUGGCCCCGAGAAGGUUGGGACAGCGUGAGCGUGGAUGAGGAAUCAUCUAUAGAAAUGUCAGGUAUGUAUACCAUGCAUUCUGUUUGGUGGUCAGUAUAUAUAUUGACCACACACACACAAAUAAGUUGCCAUCCUUCUCCUUUACGGACUCGUAAAUGUACCGUAGGCGGCUAGGAGAGGGGUGGC